AGGGACCGGCCUUCCCAGGCCUUCCCGUCGCUCCCCGCCCUCACUCCCUCCCGCCCUCGGCCCGGCCUCCCAGCUCUCUACUUAGCGUGUCUACAAACUCAACUCCCGAUUUCCGUGCCUCUCCGCCGCCCGAGUUCUCUACUCUCCACAUCGAGGGGCCCCUCCUGGCAUCUACCCGCCUCCCAAUCUUGGGGGACCUAACCAAGCCAAGGGGGACUGGAUCCGACGGGUGGAGCAGCCAGGUGAGCCCCGAAAGGUGGGGCGGGGCAGGGGCGCUCCCGGCCCCACCCCGGGAUCUGGUUACGCCGGGGCUGGAAUUUGACACCGGACGGCGGCGGCGGGCAGGAGGCUGCAGAGGGAUGGAGUUGGGCCCGGCCCCCAGACAAGGCCCGCGGGCUCCGCCAGCAGCAGGUCCCUCGGGCCCCAGCCCUCGCUGCCACCCGGGCCCGGAGCCCCACACCCGAGGGCGCAGACUGGCUGCCAAGGCCACACUUUUGGCUAAAAGAGGCACUGCCAGGUGCACAGUCCUAGGCAUGAGCCGUUUGAGCUUCGGGGGAAAGCCCAGCACUAAUCCCAGGAAAGGUGCCUAGAAGAACACCGUCCAGGACCCCGUGGUGAGUAGCGGGCUGUGGAUGGGGAGGCAAGGGCUGGAGAACCAAAUGGCCCCAGACGGUGAGAAGGGAGGGGAGGGCCUCAGAGGCCCUCCAGAGACCUGCUCCCAGGCUCCCCCUAGCGCAGAGGGUGCCUACGGCUGUCUUGCCAGCCUUUCCCUCCAUCACAGGGAACAGUCGCUGGCCUGGCCCAGAGGCCCUGAUUCCACUUAGCCAAGAGGUGCACACCAGGACCUGGAGGACCACCCCAGGAAGGCCUGGGGAUCUGUCCCACAGCUGCCUCAAGAGGAGGGUGGGGGAACAGCUCCACAAAGGCUGAUGGGCGCUCCUGGUGUUGAUAGAGAUGGAACUUGGACUUGGAGGCCUCUCUGCACUGUCCCACUGCCCCUGGCCUAGGUGGCAGGCUCCACUUGGUCUCUCCGCGCAGCCUGCCCUGUGGCCAACCCUGGCCGCUCUGGCUCUGCUGAGCAGCGUCGCAGAGGCCUCCCUGGGCCCCGCGCCCCGCAGCCCCGCCCCCCGCGAAGGCCCCGCGCCGGUCCUGGCGCCCCUCGCCGGCCACCUGCCGGGGGGACGCACGACCCGCUGCUGCAGGGGAAGAGCCCGGCGGCCGCCGCCGCAGCCUUCUCGGCCAGCGCCUCCGCCGCCCGCGCCACCCUCUGCUCCUCCCCGCGGGGGCCGCGCGGCUCGGGCUGGGGGUCGGGGCAGCCGCGCACCGGCCGCGGGGGCGCGUGGCUGCCGCCUGCGCUCGCAGCUGGUGCCGGUGCGCGCGCUCGGCCUGGGCCACCGCUCCGACGAGCUGGUGCGUUUCCGCUUCUGCAGCGGCUCCUGCCGCCGCGCGCGCUCUCCGCACGACCUCAGCCUGGCCAGCCUCCUGGGCGCCGGGGCCCUGCGACCGCCCCCGGGCUCCCGGCCUGUCAGCCAGCCUUGCUGCCGACCCACGCGCUACGAAGCGGUCUCCUUCAUGGACGUCAACAGCACCUGGAGAACUGUGGACCGCCUCUCGGCCACCGCCUGCGGUUGCCUGGGCUGAGGGCUCUCUCCAGGGCUUUGCAGACUGGACCCCUACCGGUGGCUCUUCCUGCCUGGGACCCUCCCGCAGAGCCAGCGGCCUCAGCCGGGGACAGAGGCCUCAGAGCUGAGAGGCCCCUGCCGGUGAGUGAUGGACAGCAUCCCUGGAGAGGUGGAGGGACAACUGGCUAGCAGCCCCAAGACACUCACCCUGCGGAUCCCAGCCCAAAAGACACCAGAGACCUCAGCUAUGAAGACCUUCGGACCCACUUCUCACAGACGCUGGCACGGGCCAAGCCUCGAACCUGGGACCCCUUCUCUGAUGAACCCUACAGUGGCUGCGGCAUCAGCUCCCACCCAGGCCCUGUGGGGACAGCAUUCGAAGGAGACAUUGCAGUCGGUUGGCUGAAAGUGCCUGUGCUGGAGCCGGCCUGUAUGCACUAGUGGGAGCUGGCCCCCUAUUUAUUAUUUCUAAGUUAUUUAUUUA